AGGCCGCGGGGGGAGCCCGGCCCCCGGGCCCCGAGACCGGCUGAGGCAGCGACCUGCGCGGGGCCUGGGGAGCCAUGUAGGGGUGGCGCCUGCGGGGCGGGCCUCGGGAGGGCGGCGGGAGUUUGUGUUGGCGACCGUGACCACGGUCUCCUGGCAUCCCCGGGCCGGGUGGGUGUGGGGGCGCCUGACACCGCCGACUCCGCGCCAUAGCAGAGCUGCGCCUCGGGCUCCACGGGCGCCCUCCGAGGUGGGCUCUGCGUUCUCGUUUCACAGGCGACGAGGCUUGGGCAGAGAGACGAAGCCACUUGUCCAAGGUCACGCAGCUGGGUCUCCAUCACCCAGCUCCAUGCUUCGAGUCCUGCUUUCUGCCCAGGCCUCCAGUGCUCGGCUGUCUGGCCUGCUGCUGCUCCCAGCAGUACAGCCCUACUGUCUGGGGCCCAGCAAGUGGGGAGACCGGCAUCCUGGAGGACGCCCCCAUGCAGGCCCUGUGCAGGGGCUGCAGCGGCUUCUGGAACAGGCGAGGAGCCCUGGGGAACUGCUGCGCUGGCUGGGCCAGAACCCCACCAAGGUGCGCGCCCACCACUACCCUGUGGCACUUCGUCGCCUGGGCCAGCUCUUGGGGUCUCAGCCACAGCCCCCUCCUGUGGAGCAGGCCACACUGCAGGACUUGAGUCAGCUCAUCAUCCGAAACUGCCCCUCCUUUGACAUUCACACCAUCCAUGUGUGUCUGCACCUUGCAGUCUUACUUGGACUGCCUCCUCUGACCCUCUCCCUCCCAGGCUUCCCCUCAGAUGGGCCCCUGGUGUGUGCCCUGGAGCAGGAGCGAAGGUUCCGCCUCCCUCCGAAGCCGCCUCCCCCUCUGCAACCUGUCCUUCGCGGUGGGCAAAGGUUGGAAGCUGCUCUGAACUGCCCCCGUUUCCAGCGGCACCCACAGCAGCACCUCAUCCGCAGCCUGGCAGAGGCCAGGCCAGAGGAACUGACUCCUCACGUGAUGGUGCUCCUGGCCCAGCACCUGGCCCGCCACCGGUUGCGGGAGCCCCAGCUUCUGGAAGCCAUUGCCCACUUCCUGGUGGUCCAGGAAGCCCAGCUCAACAGCAAGGUGGUACAGAAGUUGGUCCUACCCUUUGGGCGGCUGAACUACCUGCCUCUGGAACAGCAGUUCAUGCCCUGCCUUGAGAGGAUCCUGGCUCGGGAAGCAGGGGUGGCCCCCCUGGCAACUGUCAACAUCUUGAUGUCCCUGUGCCAGCUGCGGUGCCUGCCGUUCCGAGCCCUGCACUUUGUCUUUUCCCCAGGUUUCAUCAACCACGUCAGUGGCACCCCUCAUGCCCUGAUUGUGCGGCGCUACCUCUCCCUGCUAGACACAGCCGUGGAGCUGGAGCUCCCAGGGUAUCGGGGUCCCCGCCUUCCCCAAAGGCAACAGGUGCCCAUCUUCCCCCAGCCACUCAUCACCGACCGUGCCCGUUGCAAAUACAGUCACAAGGACAUAGUAGCAGAGGGGCUGCGCCAGCUGCUCGGGGAGGAGAAGUACCGGCAGGACCUGACCGUGCCUCCCGGCUACUGCACAGACUUCCUGCUGUGUGUCAGCAGCUCUGGUGCUGUGCUUCCCGUGAGAACCCAGGACCCCUUCCUACCGUAUCCUCCCAGGCCCUGUCCACACACAACCCGAGACCCUGUGCAAAGUCACUUCCUCCUCAGGGUGGUGCUGAUGCUGCGGGAACGCUGGCACUUCUGCCGGGAUGGCAGGGUGCUGCUGGGCUCGCGGGCCCUGCGCGAGCGGCACCUGGGCCUGAUGGGCUACCAGCUCCUGCCGCUACCCUUCGAGGAACUGGAGUCACAGAGAGGCCUGCCCCAGCUCAAGAGCUACCUGAGGCAGAAGCUCCAGGCACUGGGCCUCCGCUGGGGGCCUGAAGGGGGGUGAGGGGGUGCACAGGGGUUCAGGAUGCCCACCCCCCACGGGGGGUGGACAGUUUGCACUUUGGCUGCCUCUGUUUUGAUUUGUCAUUAAAGUCCCUUUCCUUCCCCA